AUGGUUCAAUCAUCAGUCUAUCUAGGGGCCUUACUGGCUGCUUUGCCCUCGGCAUAUGCCGGUUUCAACGCUAGCUCCACGCAAAACAUCGCCGUGUACUGGGGCCAAAACUCGGCAAACCAAGCAGACUCCCAGCAACGCUUAUCCACCUACUGUGCCAAUGCUGAGAUAGAUAUCAUUCCGAUUGGUUUCUUGAAUGGCAUUAGCCCGGUUAUUACCAACUUCGCCAAUGCAGGCAACAACUGUACGGCUUUUGCUGAUAAUAAGAAUGCACUUAACUGCCCACAAAUUGAGCAGGACAUUAUUACAUGUCAACAAACAUACGGCAAGACAAUUCUCAUUUCGCUGGGAGGUGGAUCUUAUACUCAGGGUGGCUUUUCCUCCACCGAUGUUGCCACGUCUGCUGCCCAGACGGUCUGGAACAUGUUUGGUCCCGUCAACCCAAACAGCAAUGUAGACCGGCCAUUUGGCUCCGCCGUAGUGGAUGGCGUCGACUUCGACUUUGAGUCUGGUGUCAACAACUUGGAACCUUUUGCCGCUGAGUUGCGGAGUUUGAUGGACGCUUCUGCAUCUUCUGCAAACAGGAAGUUUUAUCUGUCUGCUGCGCCGCAAUGCGUCUAUCCCGAUUACGCCGACAACCCGGCCCUUAAUGGUUCUGUUUUCUUCGACUUCAUUAUGAUCCAGUAUUACAAUAACGGAUGUGGAGUCAGCAGCUAUGUUCCAGGAGCAUCGACUCAGUGGAACUACAACUUUGACGUCUGGGACAACUGGGCACAUACCGUCAGCAAGAACCCCAACGUCAGAAUUCUGCUCGGUAUUGCCGCCAACACUGGCGCUGCUAGCGGAUACGUAUCCGGAACGCAGCUCUCUGCGGUCAUCUCAUUCACAAAACAGUACUCAAGCUUUGCAGGUAUCAUGAUGUGGGACAUGUCCCAGCUGUACGAAAAUUCCGGUUUCCUGGACCAAGUUGUCAGUGAUCUCGGGGCCUCUGGUUCAACCCCUCCCCCCACUAGUUCGUCUGGUGGUUCCAAGCCUACCUCUACCAGCGGCUCUACCGGCCCGACUGGUGGUGGCGGCGGUGGUAGUGUACCACAAUGGGGUCAGUGUGGAGGUCAAGGAUACACUGGUCCUACCCAGUGCCAGUCACCUUACACGUGCGUUGCUAGCAGUACCUGGUGGUCAUCUUGCCAGUAA